AUGUCAAAGGCGCUUUUGCAUUUGCAUUUUCUUUCUCUGUUUUUACUCUGUUGUGUCUGCCAUUCAAGUAUUUUUACUUUAAAUUUUCAUUUUACUGGUAUUGUGGCCUGUCGUCCCCACCAGAUUCAAGCCUUCACGAAGUUCACGAACGAGUUUGACACCCGCGGUUGCAACAACAGUGACACCUUUAAUGGAGUCUGGUGCGAUAACUCGACGGGUGCGGUCGCAGUGCUACAACUAAGGAAGUGUCUCAGUGGAACUUUGAAGUCCAACAGUAGCCUCUUCGGGUUUCAUCAACUCCGUUACGUUGAUCUCCAAAACAACAACUUAACCUCCUCUUCACUCCCUUCCGGGUUUGGAAAUCUCAAAAGAUUAGAGGGCUUGUUUCUUUCCUCUAAUGGCUUCCUCGGCCAAGUUCCUUCCUCAUUCAGUAACCUAACAAUGCUUGCUCAAUUAGACCUUUCUUAUAACAAGCUCACUGGUAGUUUCCCACUUGUCCGGGGUCUAAGAAAGCUCAUUGUUUUAGACCUUUCAUAUAAUCACUUCUCCGGAACUCUGAAUCCAAACAGUAGCCUCUUUGAGUUGCACCAGCUACGUUACCUUAAUCUCGCUUUUAACAACUUUAGUUCCUCACUCCCUUCCAAAUUUGGCAAUCUCCAUAGAUUAGAGAACUUGAUUCUUUCCUCUAAUGGCUUUUCUGGUCAAGUUCCUUCCACAAUUAGUAACCUGACCCGGUUAACUAAGUUGUACCUUGACCAAAACAAGCUCACUAGUAGUUUCCCACUUGUACAGAAUCUAACCAACCUCUACGAAUUAGACCUUUCAUAUAAUAAGUUCUUUGGAGUCAUCCCUUCUUCUCUCCUCACUCUGCCUUUCUUAGCACAUCUUGCUCUACGUGAAAACAAUCUUGCUGGUUCUGUUGAAGUUUCAAACUCCUCUACCUCAUCUAGGCUCGAAAUCAUGUAUCUCGGGUCUAACCAUUUUGAAGGACAAAUCCUAGAGCCUAUCUCAAAGCUCAUCAACCUCAAGCAUCUUGACCUUUCUUUCCUAAACACAAGCUACCCAAUAGACUUAAAACUCUUCUCCUCCCUCAAAUCUUUGCGGUCUCUGGAUCUUUCUGGAAACAGUAUAUCUUCGGCCAGUUUAAGUUCAGAUUCAUACAUCCCGUUGACCCUGGAAAUGUUGACCUUGAGGCACUGUGACAUCAACGAGUUCCCCAACAUCUUAAAGACCCUCAAGGAGUUGGUGUAUAUAGACAUAUCCAACAACAGAAUGAAAGGGAAGAUCCCUGAGUGGUUAUGGAGCCUACCUCUUCUACAGUCAGUAACUCUUGGAAAUAAUUAUUUCACAGGUUUCCAAGGUUCGGCGGAGAUUUUAGUAAAUUCAUCAGUGCUGCUAUUAUAUUUGGAUUCAAACAAUUUUGAAGGAGCACUUCCUGAUCUACCACUCUCUAUCAAAGGCUUCGGUGUGGCUAGUAAUAGUUUCACAAGUGAGAUACCUCUUUCAAUCUGCAACCGAAGCUCUCUCGCUGCUAUUGAUCUAUCCUACAACAACUUCACUGGUCCCAUUCCUCCAUGUUUGCGUAAUUUGGAACUUGUGUAUCUCCGGAACAACAACCUGGAAGGAAGUAUCCCUGACGCGCUCUGUGAUGGUGCCUCUUUACGGACACUCGAUGUUAGCCAUAACCGAUUAACAGGGAAGCUUCCAAGGUCUUUUGUAAACUGCUCAUCGCUAAAGUUUCUAAGCGUUAUAAACAACAGAAUUGAAGAUACGUUUCCGUUCUGGCUCAAAGCUUUACCGAAUUUGCAAGUCCUUACUCUUCGCUCAAACAGAUUUUAUGGUCCUAUAUCUCCUCCGCAUCAAGGUCCUCUCGGGUUUCCAGAGCUGCGGAUAUUUGAAAUAUCUGACAAUAAGUUUACAGGAAGCUUGCCACCAAACUACUUUGUGAACUGGAAAGCAUCAUCACGCACGAUGAAUCAAGAUGGGGGUUUAUAUAUGGUAUACGAGGAGAAGCUGUUCGACGAAGGCGGCUAUGGUUAUACAGAUGCUUUAGAUUUGCAAUACAAAGGUCUACACAUGGAGCAAGCUAAGGCCCUCACUUCCUACGCCGCCAUUGAUUUUUCUGGAAAUAGACUCGAAGGACAGAUUCCUGAAUCUAUUGGUCUCUUGAAGGCACUGAUUGCAGUCAAUAUAUCAAACAACGCCUUCACAGGCCAUAUUCCCCUGUCUAUGGCCAAUCUUGAGAAUCUCGAGUCACUAGACAUGUCAAGAAACCAACUCUCGGGGACUAUUCCUAAUGGACUAGGGAGCAUUUCGUUUUUGGCGUACAUCAACGUGUCUCACAACCAACUCACGGGUGAAAUACCACAAGGAACACAGAUUACUGGGCAAUCUAAAUCUUCCUUCGAAGGGAAUGCAGGGCUUUGUGGUCUUCCUCUCAAGGAAAGUUGCUUCGGCACUGGUGCACCUCCGAUGUAUCACCAAAAGCAAGAAGACAAAGAAGAAGAAGAAGAAGAAGAAGAAGAAGAAGAAGAAGUGUUGAACGGGAGAGCAGUGGCAAUAGGGUAUGGAUCUGGAUUAUUGCUUGGAUUGGCAAUAGCACAAGUUAUUGCUUCAUACAAACCGGAGUGGCUUGUCAAGAUAAUUGGUCUGAAUAAACGCAGAAAGCGUUAGGACUGUUUUAGUUUGAGUUUGAUCCCUCAAUGUCUGUCAAGUAGUUGUUGGUCUUGUAUUGAAGCAUUCUCUGGAGUCAUAAUAUACAUCUCAGCUUUUUCUAAUGAGAAAAACAGCAGAGGCGGGCAAAUGAGGAUAAAAUUGGGGUCUAUACUGAAUUAGUUUGAUUUCAC